AUGCCGUUAAUAGCAAGAAGGCGUUGCUGCGCUUCGUCGCCAUUGAUGUUGUGGCUCAUAACUUUAUGGAUGCUCUUCAUAUUCGCUUUUCCCCUCUUUCUCUUCAGAUACGUAUUUAACUUCCGUUCACCAUAUUUCUACGUCGCCUACGCAUCGGUGCUUUUGAUCGUCACAUACGUGGCCUUCAGCGAAAAGGUGGAGGACGAGCCCCCGCCUCCACCAUCGGCGGCGAGGCAGAUGGUCGACGUGGACAUGCCGCUCUUCAAUUACAAAGCGGAGGUGGAAGACGGCAGAGCAGAGCAGUGCUGCGUUAUUUGCCUCUCUAAUUACGAUGAAGCCCAACGGCCGGCGUUGUCGUUGCCUACGUGCCGACAUAAUUUCCACGUGGAGUGCGUAGGGAAGUGGUUGCGGAUCCACGGCAGAUGCCCCAUCUGCAGCGCCUCUCCAUUUCCCACACACGAUGCUCAAUUUCCUCCACCAGACGUUGUGCGAGUCUCUGUCGCCAUGGAAGCACCUAACACAAGGGAAUACGGUAAUUUAACCCCAUAG